AUGAAUGGUGAACUCGCCGCGCCCUCACCCCGUCCCGAGCCGUCCGCAGCCUCCGGGAGCCGCCGGCGCCUGCGCGGCCUUGCCGUGGCGCCUGCGCGGGGUUCGGCGUGGGUCCGAGCGCGGCCGCGGCCCGGUGCAGUGAUGGCGGCCCGGCGGCUGCUGUGGCUGCAGGGCUUGGCGCUGGUGUGCGGCCAGCUCACCACCACGGCUCCACCAGCACCGGCGCGGGCCUGCUCAGAGCUCUCCCAGACUUCCUGCGAUGAAUGUCUGCGGAACGUUUCGUGCCUGUGGUGUUACACCAACAAGACGUGUGUGGAUUACCCUGUGAGGAGUGUCCUGCCCCCAUCCUCGCUCUGCUCCCUUCCCAAGGCUCGGUGGGGAGUCUGCUGGUUGAACUUUGAGGAUUUGAUCAUUGCCAUAGCUGUAGUAGCUGGGCUGCUUCUGGUGUCCACAGCAGCCUGCUGCUGUUACUGCUGCUACUGCAGAAGAUGUGCCAAGAGCAGGCCAGACGACGAUGAGGAGCAGCUCGUUCGGAAGAGAGAGGAGCGCAGGCUGCAGGCUCUUCAGAGGAAGCAUGAGAGGAAAGUGAAGCACGAUGAAAUACGGAAGAAGUACGGCUUGCUGCAGGACUCUGACAACCCCUACAGCAGAUUUGAGAACGACUAGAGCUGAGCACCUCCUGCCGGAGCUGUCCCUCCAGAAUGCAGCAGGAUGGUUUGUGUCCUCGUGCCCCUUGGGCUCUUUUCUCCAUAAAGCUGUGGGGCCUUCCUUGAAUUGUAAGACCAAGAGUGGAAAACACCUCCAUGCAAUCCAUAUUUCUAUCUUAGUCUACCUAUCUACAACUAGUUUUUGUAUCAGUGCUUUGCUUGUUGACACCUUUGCUGAUUUUUACGGUGACAGUGAAGUGUGGAAUACUCUUUCCUCCUCUAAAAGCUAUUUUAUUACUUAAUGUAGAGGUUAAUGUUCAAAAACAUUUGCAUUCAGUCAACUGCUGCUGAAGUGGUUCCCACCUUCCUAACUAGGGAAAACAAUGUUCUUUUCUACUGCAUUUUUUUCUUGUAACAAUUGGAGGCAAGAGGGCAGCACAGCAGCAAUAGCUGAUGUUGGCCUGGAUGAGAAAAUUGAGCAGCCACCCUCUUAGCUGUCAAAGGGGCUGGAGAUUUAUCCUUCUCUAAGAGCAGGUCUUCACCAGUGUCAUGUCUGAGGACUGACAGAGAUGUCUUUGAGUAAUCUGAACUGUGAACAGUUGGAUGUAUCACUGAUGGAAAAAGUGACUGAUUUCAGUUAACACUGAGAGAAAGUCAUUCUUGAACUGAGGAGAGUCCUGUGUGCCUCACCUUCAGAAGAAACAACAGGGCCUGGCAGCACUUCCUGCUCC